AGACAGCGCCUGAAGAUGGACAUUGUUAGUGCGUCUCUCCACCCUAUGGACAAGCAGAAGAGUAACAUGCAGCUGCGCAUCACUACUCUGCAACGUCGUCUGGAUGCAUGGGCCCGUGUCCAGGAGUUGUACAUGCCUGUUGUGUCCCAACUGCAUCAUUGA